AUGACUAGCAGAAGUAGAGGUUUAAAAAGGUCUGCGAAGGAUGCCACGGCCUUAAAAGCUAAGAAAGCGAAAGGAGAAACUGAUUUAUGUAAUGGCUUGCAUUGGAUUCAACAUGGCAAGGAAGUGAAAGGGGCGAGUCCCGUCAUUGCCCUAGUUUCAGAUAGCUUACCUGGGCGAAAUAAAGUAGCAGGAUUUGACAUUGAUUUUACCAUCAUAAAGACAAAGAGUGGACGAAAAUUUGCAACUGGAUCCAAAGACUGGGAGUUCUGGGAUGACAGUGUUCCAAAGAAACUACAGUCUUUAGAUAAAGAUGGGUACCGAGUGGUAUUUUUUACCAAUCAAGCUGGUAUUGAAAAGAUGAAAGUAAAACCAGAGGAAAUUAAAGAUAAGAUUGAAGCUAUCAUUGCUGCCUUAAAUAUUCCUGUAUUGGCCUUUAUAUGCACCGGAGAAAAUCAUUUCCGUAAACCAAGUCCAUUGAUGUGGGAUUUUAUGGCUAAUGAUUGUAAUCAAAGUGUCAAGCUAGACCUAACAAAAUGUGUUUAUGUGGGUGACGCUGCUGGAAGAGCCAAAAAUUGGGCACCAGGAAAACCUAAAGAUUUCUCUUGUGGGGACAGAAUGUUUGCACAAAACAUUGGAAUUGAAUUCCAUACACCAGAUGAAUUCUUCCUUGGAGAAAAACCUGCCAAAUUUGAUUGGGGAUCUCUGAACGCUGUUGAUUAUUUAAAGACAAAUCCCAUCUGUACUGAGAAAAAGGUGUAUAAAGGAAAGGGCCAAGAGGUAGUAAUAAUGGUAGGAUGUCCUGCAUCUGGUAAAAGUACGUUCCGUAAGAGACAUUUUGAACCACAUGGGUAUGUUGCUGUUAACAGAGACACAAUGGGCACACAGGAAAAAUGUAUAAAGGCAGCCAAGGAAGCAUUGAAGAAAGGUAAAAGUGUAGUAGCUGAUAAUACCAAUCCUUCUGUUAGUGCCAGACAACCAUAUGUUGAAAUGGCCGAAAGUAAAGGUAUCCCAUGUAGAUGCUUUUAUAUGCAAACUCCACGAGAAGUGAGCAACCAUUUAAACUAUAUGCGUCAAACUCAAACCUACAGUGAAGUACGACGAAUACCAGAUGUAGGUUUUAACGUUUAUAAGAAAAAUUUUGAAGAACCAACUAAAGCUGAAGGCUUCACUGAAAUAAUCAAUAUAGAUUUUAAACCUAUGUUUGAUAAUAAGCGUGAUGAGGAGUUAUUUAAACUAUGGACAUGA